AACCCUAUUACCAAAGUGUUUCUUUUUUAUAUAUUUGCAGUAGCAGUGAUAUGGGAAAACAUUGCUAGUCUACAUGGUAAAGUACUGCCUUCAGACAGCUCACCAGAUAAUGGCAACAACUACAUGGAACAAAUCUAGGUUCCAAUGCAUUUUCCAAGUGGGAUCUACGAAGCUGUCCAGUAGAAACAAACGUUUCGAUCAGUUCCUGCCCAAGCUAUCUCCGUCCAGCCAAGCUCCGCAGACCCGAAGGUGUCUCCCAGCGCCAGCGCCAGCCGUCCUCCCUCUUCCCUUUCUUCUCCCUUGUGCGCUAGAGCUCCUCCAGGCUUUCCCACGCUUCCAAGGCACUCAGGAGUGUUUGGCGCUGAGAUUGCUUCUGCUCUUCAGCCAAUGAAGAAGAGAACAGAAGCACUUGGGAAGGAGUCUGUCACUCUUUCCUCUGCUUCUCCAAUCCAGAGGCCUACCCGGAGGACAGGGGGCGUGGCUUCAUCAGGCAGUGGGCGGGCUCCUGUGCUUGAGGCUGAGCUGCAGCGUGGGAAAGAGCUUCAGAAAUCCAUUCGGUUUGCUGGCGCCGGCUGGGAGAAAUAGGUGGAUUUAAUCCAGAGGCUGUCCAAAAAGGAAAAACAAAAAACAAAAAUCCAGACCUGAGUUCUUGUUAUUUAUCUCUUGAUUUGGAAGCUGGACUGUCUUCUUUUGCCACAAUGAAGCGGCCUUGCGACGAAACUACCUCAGACAGCGAUAUGGACGAGACUAUAGACGUAGGGAGUGAAAAUAAUUACUCUGGGCACAGUGCCAGUUCUGUGAUCCGAUCAAAUUCUCCUACGACAACAUCUCAGAUUAUGGCCAGAAAAAAAAGAAGAGGGAUCAUAGAAAAAAGGCGCCGUGAUCGUAUAAAUAACAGUUUAUCCGAACUGAGGCGGCUUGUGCCAACAGCUUUUGAAAAACAAGGAUCUGCCAAAUUAGAAAAAGCAGAAAUCCUGCAAAUGACAGUGGAUCAUUUGAAGAUGCUCCAGGCUACAGGCGGGAAAGGUUACUUUGAUGCUCAUGCCCUCGCCAUGGAUUUCAUUAGCAUUGGGUUUCGAGAAUGUUUAACUGAAGUUGCGAGAUACCUGAGCUCAGUAGAAGGUCUGGACACAUCUGACCCUCUAAGAGUUAGACUAGUCUCUCAUCUCAGUUCAUGUGCUUCUCAGAGGGAAGCUGCUGCAAUGACCUCAACGAUGGCGCAUCAUCAUCACCCUUUCCAUCCUCACCAUUGGGCAGCAGCUUUCCACCAUCUUCCUACAGCUUUACUGCAGCAAAAUGGACUUAAUACCUCUGACAUCUCCCCUUGCAGACUCUCAACAGCAUCAGAAGUGCCUCCCCAUGGAUCUGCUCUUCUCACAGCCACUUUUGCUCAUGCUGAUUCCACGCUUAGAGUGCCCUCUGCUGGUAGCGUUGCUCCCUGCGUCCCACCACUUUCUACCUCUCUUCUCUCACUCUCAGCCACUGUACAUGCUGCAGCCGCUGCAGCAGCUCAGAGCUUUCCCUUGUCUUUCGCAGGGGCAUUCCCAAUGCUUCCACCUAGUGCAGCAGCAGCAGCAGUGGCAGCUGCAACAGCAAUCAGCCCACCGAUAUCUGUAUCUGCAACUGCCAGCCCUCAGCAAUCCAGUGGGAAUGGAAACAAUAAACCCUAUCGACCUUGGGGGACUGAAGUUGGAGCUUUCUAAAAUUUCUCUUCACAAGCCUUCUUGGGACAUUGUGCGGUUGCAGCAGAAAGUUCUUCACACAAAGACUGUUAACAGGCCAAGUAGCCCUAUGGAUUCCCAAAAGACAGGUGGGAAACAGUAAAAGUAUUCUGCCUUAAUAUUGAUCAAAAUGGACAGGAAGGUGUUUCUUCUUUGUUUGAACUAGGUAGGCACCAGUGAUCUUCAAAAUGGCUCCCGCGUAGACAUUUCCUGCAAAAUGUAUAGAUUGUAGAAUUAAUCCUUUUGCCAUGCUUUUUUUUGUUUUGUUAAAGGGGUGCUGGAUUAUAGUUAAAAAAAAAUCUUACCUAAAAGAUGAACACUGAGUUUCAAAUUGCAAGUGCCUGACCUUUUCCAAAUGUGUGGUGUGUUUGUGUGCAUGUGUAUGUGUUUUCUUUUCCAAGACAAAUAAUACUGUACAAGUAUGAAAAUAAUACUGGAGAGAAGCGUACAGAUCUGGAAUCGUGGUGGGAUAUAGAACAGGGAUGCAAUUCUUGUGCAAAAUGCGCACAUAAAUGCUACAUUCCUUUGACAUCAGUGGGAUCUAAGCAACCUAACUGCAGGAUUGCAACAUAAAGGAAUAACCAAGCAGAUUAUUGAGGAUGUAUAUGCCAAAUUUAAUCUAACCUAAUUUUCUUGCUUUGUGCAGACUUGUCAGGUGGUGACAUGCAACAUAAUAUUGAAAGAAGUACCGAUCUUCUCAGUGCUUGGUUUAACAACUGUCAAGAAUCCUGGCACUAAAUGGCUUAGAAUUAUAUCCAAAUGUGUUAUGUGUGUGAAUGUCAGGAUAAAUAUGAAUACAAUGCAGCUGGAUAUAUUCACAUCUGACUUAAUUUGAUCCCCUUUGUAAGCUAAAACACAGGAUCAUCCUGCUGGGAUGCAAGUCCUGUUCAUGGUUAGCUAUUGGGCGUGAAGGAGUAGCUAUAAUACAGGCAACAGAAUCCUUUGGGUUGGCUUUCUCUACUGCCGGCGUUUUUGUAUGGGUUCAGUUUCCAACCCAAGCAAAAGUGUUGAGGAUGUAAGUUACUUUCUUACUACCCAGACAAGCAGCGCUACAAAAAUGUUUUGCUUUUUUUUAUUACAGCAAUAUGAAAUAACACAAGUUUUUUAAUUCAUUGACUCGAGCUAGAGUGUUGUUUUUUUGGGGGGUGGAACAAGUCAAAUAAAAGCACAGCAUGUAUUAUUAUGCACUUCAUUUCUCUGCUGUGUGGAGAAGGCAAUAAACAGUGAGAAUGUUAAACAUUAUGCAAAAUAUACUUUUAAAAUAUUUGUUUUAAAAAUACUGUUCCUAGGUUGGGAGGGGGGAGAAAAUGUGCAUUAUUUUGUUAACCUUUGUUCUAUGCAAAAAUCUUUACAUAUCACUAAUUAAAU